GGCCGAUCUGGUGACUUUUUUGUAAAUUCCCCAUAUAGAUAGUUGAGCUCAUCUGUGUCCGCUCAAUUUUCUUAGAAACAUCUCAUCUAUUCUUCUAAGGCUUACACAUACAGCUACGAUGGACAAUAAUCUACUCGAUCGUCUUUCAGCACUGGACACCAAUACAGUGUCUGAUGCCUUGGAUUUUCUUGGCUUGCGAGGAGCUACUCACGGACUCCGGCCUCUCUGGAAUUGUCCAAAGAUUGUCGGCCGUGCUAGCACCAUUCAACUUGGCCCUAAAGUCGAGGGCUCUCCAGCAACUGUCCAUCUUAUCACACCAGUAAUAGACGCUGUCACAACGGAUGAUCGUAUCCUCGUUAUUGCUGGCGGCGUGGAAGGUGUUUCAUCCUGGGGCGAUAUCAUCGCCAAUGCCGCCAAGAUGAAGAAUAUUCGUGGAUCCAUUAUUGACGGCAAUAGUCGAGAUAUCAAUGGAAGUCGCGAUAUUGGCUAUCCAGUAUUUGGCCGUGGCGUGACAAUGAUUAGCGCGCGCAAUCGGUUGAUUCAAGUCGACUCUGGCGGGCCCGUAGAGAUGAGAGGUGUCAUGGUGGACCAAGACGAUUUCGUAAUUGCAGAUGAUUGUGGGACAGUUUUUGUACCUGCUCGUCGUAUCGACGAGGUACUGGAGCUCGGCGAGCGCAUCGACCGUCGUCAGCAUGUAAUGGUUAAAGAAGUUCGUGCCGGUCGUUCAGUCACAGAGGUCAUGCAUGACAAGCAAUUUGAAUCUAUCGCAGCCUCGCCUACUGGAAUUAGCUUAGGGGAGCCUGGAAAUUUCAAAAGAAACCCUAAAAAAGCUAGCGCUGAGGAUCAGAGGCUAGUCGCGUUGUUUGCUGAUUCUGACACUCCCGGUGUCUCAGAUGCUCUUGACAGGCUCGGUAUCUCAGGACAGGCAUUUAAUAUCAUGCCACUGGCUAAUUAUAAGAAAACCACCGUUGGGCCGGCUUUCACGGUGCGUUAUGUGCCCGCUAGUGACCCACCCGGAAGCGUGGGCGACUUUAUAGAUGAUGUGGCUGUCGGUGACUUCGUGGUCAUUGACAACGGUGGUCGAACGGAUUGUACUGUCUGGGGAGAUAUCAUGACACAAUAUGCAGGCCUGCGGAGCAUUGCAGGCACUGUGAUUGAUGGAGUGUGCCGUGACGUUGAUCGUGCCAUCAACGACAACUACCCGCUAUUUACUACCGGACGUUGGAUGAGAACAGGAAAAGAUCGGGUCCAAGUGGGAGGUGUGAACGAAUCGAUUGGUGUUGGCAAUAUUCGAGUGAAUCCCCGCGAUAUUGUGGUAGCCGAUGCGAACGGUAUUGUUGUAGUGCCGCGAGACCGAGCAUACGAGGUUGCUGCGCUUGCAAAAACCAUUGAGAAGAGCGAGGAUAGAAUUAGGGACAUGAUAAGUGAAGGUUCUACCAUUGCUGAAGCUAGACAGACGCUGGGCUAUCACACACUGCAACGUAAAUUAUGAGUGCAAAAACUAUGAGAUUAUUAGAGUGACAAUUGAGCAAUUUUGAAUUCAACUAUCUUUA